AGUUUUGAAUUUUUCCGAAAAUUCUGGAUGUCUAGGGUGAAAAUUCGACACAGACAGAGACAGACAGAGAGACAGAAAGGCAGACGGACAGACACGGAAACGCUACGCUCAGAAAGAAAAAAUAAAUAAUUAUGUUGGAAUAAAAUGCGAGGAAUUACUGAAAUUCUUUCGCUAUGAACUAAUUUAUUUCUAAAACGACUUCACGUUUAACAAGUCAAGGAUAGGUACUUGACGACAGUAAUUUGAAAUUGUUAUUUUGAACAGUCGCCUUAUCAGUUUGCAACAAUAAUUCUCCAUUUACGAAUACUAAACCUAUAUGCAUCAGAAAGCGAUACUUUGGAAGAUGUCGAAACUAUUAACACAACAUUGUCUUUCAGAAAAUCCACAUCCAAUGUAUUCUACUAAACCAAGUUACGUACACAAAGUUGGCGAACAGCCUUUAAAAUAUGUCACAAUUGGACAACUUUUAGAGGAAGUGGCCAAAAAUUUCGGCGACAGAAAAGCCAUCAUUUCAGUCCAUCAGGACAAAUUUCUGACAUUCUCUGAACUGUUAGACAAAACUGACAAAGUGGCUGCAAGUUUCAAACUAUUAAAUUUGGAAAAAAAUGACCGCUUGGGAAUUUGGGCUCCAAAUUUACUGGAAUGGUAUAUAACGAUGAUGGCAUGUGCGAGAGCUGGGUUAAUUGCGGUAUGUUUAAACCAGUGGCGGCUCGUGGUGAUUUUUGAUGGGUGGGCAAAGCAUUAUAGGUAUAGGUUACAACAUAAAACCGAACGUAUGUCGUUGCUUACAAUCAAGAGGGUGGACCAGGGUGGACUAGCCCAUCCUCACAUGAACCGUAUAACGCCGAGAUCUGAGGCACUUUUUUACAACUGCAAUUUCUCAGUUGCGGAAACUGCGGGAUGUAAUGAAGAAAAUCCGUUGGCUUAA